CGCAGUGUAAUUCACUAUUCAGACGAUUUCCGGGCGGUUGUCUGAAGCAGAAUGGCGACGUCUUUGGGAUCUAAUACAUAUAACCGACAGAACUGGGAGGACGCGGACUUUCCAAUCCUGUGUCAGACAUGUCUGGGGGAGAAUCCUUACAUCAGGAUGACCAAAGAAAAGUAUGGCAAGGAGUGCAAGAUCUGUGCUCGUCCAUUCACUGUAUUUCGCUGGUGCCCAGGGGUGCGAAUGCGUUUUAAGAAAACAGAGGUUUGCCAGACUUGCAGUAAGAUAAAGAAUGUUUGUCAGACCUGUCUGCUGGAUUUGGAGUAUGGCCUGCCUAUUCAGGUUCGAGAUACAGGAAUAUCCAUAAAAGAUGACAUGCCUAGAUCUGAUGUCAAUAAGGAGUACUAUACACAUAACAUGGAGCGAGAAAUUGGUAACUCUGAUGGGACGCGGCCUGUUGGAGCUCUAGGGAAAGCAACAUCUAGCAGCGACAUGUUACUAAAAUUAGCUCGGACAACUCCGUACUACAAGCGGAAUAGGCCCCAUAUCUGUUCUUUCUGGGUGAAAGGAGAAUGCAAAAGGGGAGAGGAGUGCCCAUACAGGCAUGAAAAACCCACUGAUCCUGAUGAUCCUCUGGCAGACCAGAAUAUAAAGGACAGAUACUAUGGCAUUAAUGACCCUGUGGCAGACAAGCUCUUGAAACGUGCCUCGACCAUGCCUCGCUUGGACCCACCAGAAGAUAAGAGCAUCAGCACCCUUUAUGUCGGUGGGUUGGGAGACACUAUCAGUGAAUCUGAGCUCCGGAGUCACUUUUACCAGUUUGGUGAAAUCCGGACAAUUACUGUUGUUCAACGACAACAAUGCGCGUUUAUUCAGUUUGCUACCAGACAGUCUGCAGAGACGGCAGCAGAGAAAUCCUUUAAUAAACUAAUAGUUAAUGGGAGACGACUCAAUGUUAAGUGGGGAAGGUCACAGGCAGCCAGAGGGAAGGAGAGAGAGCGAGAAGGCACCAAUGAUCCUGGUAUAAGCCUAGAGCCUGUACCAGGUCUCCCUGGAGCUCUCCCACCACCACCGACAGAGGAGGAAUCUUCAGCUAACUAUUUUAACUUGCCACCUAAUGGAUCUACUACCUUGGUAAACAUUUCAUUGCCACCUCCACCGAGUAUGGCUGGCCCACCUCCAGGUUAUGGAACGCCUAUUUUCCCUCCCAUGGCACCCCCGCCCUUCCUGCGUGCACCUGGUCAAAUCCACUAUCCUUCUCAAGAUCCUCAAAGGAUGGGCGCGCACGCUGGAAAACAUGGCAACGCAUAACACAGACAAUCGCCAUUUUAAUUGAACUGGUGACAAGAUCAAUUGGAAACUUAAAUUUGUGUUAUGAAAACAACAACAUUUGUAACAUUAUUAAAGCUGUCAGAGUUGAAAGCAUGUGGUUCAGCAGUGUGCAGUGCUUAUCCUCCUGACAACAAAUACAAUUACAGACUCUUUCCUGAAGGUUUUUUUUUUUUCUUUUUUUAAAGAAAACGUUUUCUUUACAUUGAAAAAAAGGAAAAUGAAGACCGAAUAUAUGGAAGAAUUUUUAUAAGUUUUGUGGUUUGUUUUCCUUGAUUCCUUUUUUUUUUUUUUUUUUUUUUUUUUUUUAAUACAAAAAAUAAAUUUUCAUAACACUGACCUCAUCUUUGUAGUGCCGUAGAAUGAAAACAAGUGUUUCAGCCAUCUGUAUGCUUAGAGUAAAUGCCAUCUAUAAAUAUUCACUUCAGAGCUGCUUGUGUAGAGUGCCCCCCUUUUUUCUUUUUAUAUGGAAUUGUAAAUAUUAAGGUGUCUUUAUACCUGUAACCAAAUAUAUACAAAUAUAUAGUUGACUGUACAAUUUCAAAGUAUUUUUUUUUUUUCAUUUAAAAAUGUAAAAUAGAGGCAACUUUUUAACAUUUUUCUUGUGCCAGGAACAGUCCAAAUACUACACUACUGAAUAUUUUAUAAAUAUAAUCCGUUCAGCAUAUGGAUGACCAUCUUCCAUGAAUUGAGUAAUGUAUUAAAUCCACAGAUUGAGCGUUUACAUUUUUAAAAUAUUUUAUGUAGAAAAGCUUUAUUUAAUUUGUUGAGGUACCGGAUCCCAUGGCAAUGUUACCUGAGAUGCUAUGUACACAGCAUGUGUGUCUGAAUUCAGUGUUGCAUUUAUUUUGUAAUAUACUGAAUGUUUAAUGCAGUUACAAUUGUGGGCACAUUUUUGAGAAAUGUAAAUUCUUUACAGUAUAGUAGAAAUAAAUUGUUUUUAAAUCCUCUGCACAAUACUUAAAGGAGGAGUGUCCUUUAAAUGUUUCCUCCCCGUUAAUGUGUCUCCAAUGAUCCACCUGUACUGAAAAUAUGAAUACUGCUGUAUUCUCUAAGAAAAUGUAUUUAAAAGGGAGAAAGCAGUAGCAGCCAAAUGGGGGUGGGGGGGGGAGAGACAGCCCAAAAUGAAUAUUCUAGUACCUAUCUAAUUAUUGGGAUUUGUGUGUGUGUGUGUGUAUAUGUAUGUAUAUAUGUAUAUAUGUGUAUAUAUAUAUAUAUAUAUAUAUAUAUAUAUAUAUGUAUAUAUAUAUAUAUGUGUGUGUGUGUAAGAUAGAGGUGUUUAUUUCUGCAAGCUCAGCCAAUUUAAAUGGGGGGAAACUAUUUAAUAUAGAAAAAUAAAUACAAAGGAACAAUUUCCCAUAUGUUAAAAAUACUAUGCAGCUGGUAAAACAAGUCAUUGGAAACACAUUCGGAGAAUCAAUUUUACAAUACUCUUUCUCUGUAAAGCCAUGCAGGCUAUAACAGCAUAGUUAGAUUUAAAAAACGGUGGUUAGUCUUAGGACCUUCUUUUGUAUUUUAAAAGGUCGAUUUUAUAUCACUCAUUUAAUUUACAAAAGGUAAAAAAAACACAAGUAAACUAAUAUGUAAUGAAUUGUAUUUCUCAUUUAGCCCUGCUAUUAAAAAUGAUCAUGCAGAUUCUGAUCUUGCAAAAAAUGUAACUGUUUAUUAAAACACCAUAAUAAACCUUUUCAUGUUUUA